AUGAAUUUACACAGGAGAAAAAGACUGCAGUGGAACAGGAUUCUGUUCAUACUUUGUGCAAUGUUCCUAUGCUCGUUGUACCAGCUCUCUCUGAAUCAAAAGUUAAAUUCAACACCCGUGACUGAGUCUUACGUGGAAGAACAUAGUUUUGUAAGGGAGACAGAGGAGAAGACAUUCAUUAAGUUUACUGUCAAAGAACACAUAAACCUGACAACAUCCCCCAUCUUAGCCCCACCUGCAGAAAAUAUUACAGAAAAGACCAAAAUAAGACAUUGUAUCUUUGUGGACCCAGAUCCCAUUACACCUCCCAUUAAAAUAAAACCCACCACCAUUCCAAUGACCACAAGUAACCCCAAAAGUCCCACCAGACCACCACUUCCUCAUGCCAAAGGAGAGUAUCCUGAAGACCUGUUUACCGUAGAGCAGCGCAGGAGUGGUUGGGUAUCCCUUCACAUAUUUGGCAUGAUGUAUGUCUUUGUUGCCUUGGCAAUUGUCUGUGAUGAAUUCUUUGUCCCAGCUUUAGGGGUGAUCACAGAUAAACUUCAGAUUUCCGAAGAUGUAGCUGGUGCAACAUUUAUGGCAGCUGGCGGGUCAGCACCUGAACUCUUUACGUCCCUUAUUGGAGUCUUUAUUUCACACAGUAAUGUUGGGAUUGGUACCAUUGUUGGCUCAGCUGUAUUUAAUAUAUUGUUUGUGAUUGGCACUUGUGCUCUUUUCUCAAGGGAGAUUCUAAACCUAACCUGGUGGCCUCUGUUCAGAGAUGUUUCGUUCUACAUCCUUGACUUGGUAAUGCUAAUCAUCUUCUUCCUUGAUAAUUUUAUCCUAUGGUAUGAGAGCAUGUUGCUUCUCUGUGCCUAUGGGUUCUAUGUAGUCUUCAUGAAGUUCAAUGUUCAGGUAGAAGGAUGGGUGAAGAAACAGCUUUCUAAAAGGAGUCGACUUGUUAAAGUUAUGGCCUUGGAAGACACCACUAAGAAAGGCAACGGGUCUAUUGCUGUGGAGGAGACAAAGCCACCCGAAGACAACAACAGGUUGAAGCUAAAGCCAUUCCUUACAAGAGGAGGAAGCUCUGCCUCGUUGCACAACAGCACUAUCCGAAGCACAAUCUUCCAACUCAUGAUUCACACCUUGGAUCCCUUGGGAGAAGCUAAAUUUAAAGACAAGGCUGAAAUCAUGAACAACCUGGCCAAAGCCAAGGCAGAUACAGAUACCAAAAAAGGACAGAAAACCAAAGAUGAGAAAGAUGAUGGUGAUGUUCCUCACACAGUAAACGUACAGGUAACACCUCCCACAGGGUCUGAACCCUCCAAGGAUGGAGACGAUGAUGGAGAUAAAGAUGAUGCUCAGAAAGGUGCAGGCGAGGGUGGUGAUGGAGGAGACAGCUCUGGCAGUAGUGGUGAUGACAGUGAUGACGAUAGUGAUGAAGAGGACAGUGAUGAUGAUGAUGACGAAGAGGAGGAAGCAGAUGAGCCUCUAUCCCUGGAGUGGCCUGAUACCAAAAGGAAGCAAAUCACAUACCUUCUACUUCUGCCCAUAGUAUUCCCGCUUUGGCUAACUGUGCCUGAUGUCAGGAGCCCGAAAUCCAGGCGGUUCUUUGUCCUGACAUUUCUUGGAUCUAUUAUGUGGAUUGCCAUCUUCUCAUACCUUAUGGUAUGGUGGGCCCAUCAGGUGGGAGAAACAAUAGGGAUUUCAGAGGAAAUCAUGGGACUUACAAUCCUCGCUGCUGGCACCUCUAUUCCUGACCUCAUCACCAGCGUUAUUGUAGCAAGGAAAGGCCUGGGGGACAUGGCUGUCUCCAGCUCUGUGGGGAGCAACAUCUUUGAUAUAACAGUAGGUUUACCUGUUCCUUGGUUCCUCUUUUCGGUGUUUAAUGGAUUCAGCCCAGUUGCAGUCAGCAGUAACGGCCUGUUCUGCGCCAUUGUUCUACUCUUCCUCAUGCUUCUAUUCGUCAUAUUCUCUAUUGCCAGCUGCAAGUGGAGGAUGAACAAGUAUUUGGGAUCUACUAUGUUUGUUCUGUAUUUUGUGUUUGUUAUUGUGAGUGUGAUGCUGGAGGAUAGGAUCAUUAUAUGUCCUAUAUCCAUAUGA